GUUAACUGGGGCCCUAGCUCAGUGGAUUCAGUGCGUUUUGCGAUUCAAUUUUAAACUCCAGGCAUAUCUCACAGAAACCCUGUCAUGAAGCUGGUAACUGUGUUUCUGCUGGUGACCAUCAGCAUUUGCAGUUACUCUGCUACUGCCUUCUUCGUCAACAGUUUGCCAGAUGCUGUCAACAAAGUCUUACCUUUACCUGUGGACAACAUUCUUCCUUUUAUGGAUCCAUUAAAGCUUCUUCUGAAAACUCUGGGCAUUUCUGUUGAGCACCUUGUGGAAGGGCUAAGAAAGUGUGUGAAUGAGCUGGGACCAGAGGCCUCUGAGGCAGUGAAGAAACUGCUGGAGGCGCUGUCGCAUUUGGUGUGAUGUCAGCACAAAACAGCCGCAGAGGGGAAGGGGAAUGGUGUUCUGCAGGGCUAGAAUUCCUUCCAUCCUAAGAUGUAGUGACCCCUGAAAAGAAUGAAUAAAGCAAUGAAUAGAU